GGGCCGUGACGUCACGGGGCCGGUUUCCCAGGACUGCUGCGGGAGUCGGAGGCUGCGGGGCGGGGAGAGUUGAGCCCAGAGCCCGGAGCGGACACCUUCAUCCGGAGACACCCGGCACGGCUGCUACUGCUGCUGCUGCUGCUGGUUGGGACGUUGCACCAACCUUUCCUUUUUCCUUUUGACAUUGAGGAUUUCUUUUUUUCCUUUUUCUUCCAAAGAAACAAACACCGGUGUGCACAGGAUCGAGUCCCGGACUUCACGCACAGACGAGAGCCCUGAGAGCGGAGCGAUGGAGGAUGGGAAGCCGGUGUGGGCGCCCCACCCAGCGGACGGGUUCCAGCUGGGAACCAUCGUGGACAUCGGAGCCGACAGCCUCACCAUCGAACCUCUCAAAGGGAGGGGCAAGACCUUUCUAGCUGCUGUGAGCCAGGUGUUCCCUGCAGAAGAUGACGUCAACAAACAUGUGGAGGACAACUGUUCUCUCAUGUACCUGAACGAAGCCACGCUGCUCAACAACGUCCGUGUGAGAUACAGCAAAGACAAGAUUUAUACGUUUGUAGCCAACAUCCUGAUAGCAGUGAACCCGUACUAUGACCUCCCAAAGCUUUACUCUCCAGACACCAUCAAGCAGUACCGGGGCCGCUCGCUGGGCACGCUGCCGCCACACGUCUACGCCAUCGCUGAUAAGGCGUACAGGGACAUGAAGGUCCUGAAGAUGAGCCAGUCCAUCAUCGUCUCAGGGGAGUCUGGAGCCGGGAAGACCGAGAACACAAAGUUUGUGCUCAGAUACUUGACAACCUCGUACGGAACGGGUCAGGACAUCGAUGAGAGGAUAGUAGAAGCCAACCCGCUGCUGGAGGCUUUCGGGAACGCCAAAACGGUCCGGAACAACAACAGCAGUCGCUUCGGAAAGUUUGUGGAGAUCCACUUCAACGAGAAGAACGCCGUGGUGGGCGGCUUCGUGUCUCACUACCUGCUGGAGAAGUCGAGGAUCUGCAGACAAAGCCCCGAGGAGAGGAACUACCACAUCUUCUACCGGCUGUGUGCCGGAGCAACGGAGGAAAUCAGGCAGAAGUUCCACCUCAGCUCCCCGGACACCUUCAGGUACCUGAACAGAGGAUGCACUCGCUUCUUCGCCUCCAAAGAAACAGACAAACAGAUCCUGCAGAACCGCAAGAGCCCAGAGCACCUGAAGUCGGGGCCCCUGAAGGACCCUCUGCUGGACGACAGCGGGGACUUCAACAGGAUGUCUGUGGCCAUGAAGAAGAUCGGCCUGGAUGACACGGAGAAGCUGGACCUGUUCAGGGUGGUGGCCGGCGUGCUGCACCUCGGGAACAUCGACUUCGAGGAGGCCGGGAGCACCUCAGGCGGCUGCACCAUCAGGAACCAGUCCAGUGAGACCCUGGAGCACUGUGCUGAGCUGCUGGGUCUGGAGGAGGAGGACCUGAGAGUCAGCCUCACCUCCAGAGUCAUGCUGACCACAGCAGGAGGCGCCAAGGGGACCGUCAUCAAGGUCCCCCUGAAGGUGGAGCAGGCCAACAACGCCCGUGACGCCCUGGCGAAGGCCGUCUACAGCCGCCUGUUCGACCACGUGGUGACCAGAGUCAACCAGUGCUUCCCCUUCGACUCCUCCGCCAACUUCAUCGGAGUCCUCGACAUCGCCGGCUUCGAAUACUUUGAACACAACAGCUUCGAGCAGUUCUGCAUCAACUACUGCAACGAGAAGCUGCAGCAGUUCUUCAACGAGAGAAUCCUCAAAGAGGAGCAAGAGCUGUACCAGAGGGAGGGGCUGGGAGUCAACGAGGUCCACUACGUCGACAACCAGGACUGCAUAGACCUGGUGGAGGCUAAGUUGGUGGGCAUCCUGGACAUCCUGGACGAAGAGAACCGCCUACCUCAGCCCAGCGACCAGCACUUCACCGACACGGUGCACAACAAGCACAAGAACCACUUCCGCCUCACCGUACCCAGGAAGUCUAAGCUGGCCGUCCACAGGAACGUGAGGGAUGAUGAAGGAUUUAUCGUCAGACACUUUGCAGGAGCCGUGUGCUACGAGACGACCAAGUUUGUGGAGAAGAACAACGACGCCCUGCACAUGUCUCUGGAGUGUCUAGUCAGCGAGUCCAAGGACCGAUUCGUCCGGGAACUCUUCGAGAACUCCAACAACAGCAAAGACAUGAAGCAGAAGGCGGGAAAACUCAGCUUCAUCAGCGUCGGAAACAAGUUUAAGACGCAGCUCAACAUCCUGCUGGAGAAGCUGCGCAGCACGGGCUCCUCCUUCAUCCGCUGCAUCAAACCCAACCUGAAGAUGGUCAGUCACCAGUUUGAAGGAGCUCAGAUCCUCUCACAGCUGCAGUGCUCCGGUAUGGUGUCGGUUCUGGACCUGAUGCAGGGCGGCUUCCCCUCCCGGGCUCCCUUCCACGAACUCUACAACAUGUACCAGCAGUAUAUGCCUCCCAAACUCUGCCGGCUGGACCCUCGCCUCUUCUGCAAGGCUUUAUUCAAAGCUCUCGGCCUGAAUGAGAAUGACUACAAGUUCGGCCUGACCAGAGUCUUUUUCCGGCCCGGGAAGUUCGCAGAGUUCGACCAGAUCAUGAAGUCGGACCCGGACCACCUGGCCGAGCUGGUGAAGAAGGUGAACAAGUGGCUGAUCCACAGCCGCUGGAAGAAGGUCCAGUGGUGCGCGCUGUCCGUCAUCAAACGUAAGAAACAAGCAGAAAAAACAAGUCAAAGCCUGAGGAGAUUAAUGACGGAGACCUUUAGCACCAUCAUGACGCGGAUCGACAUCGACCACGAGUUCCAGGCGCUGGUGACCCGCUCGGAGCAGCUGCUGACCGCCAUGCAGAACAAGAAGAAGGAGGAGGAGGAGCGGGAGCGUCUGCGGCGCAUCCAGGAGGAGAUGGAGAAGGAGCGCAUGAGGAGGGAGGAGGAGGAGCAGCGCAGGAAGCAGGAGGAGGAGGACCGCAAGCUGAAAGCGGAGAUGGAGCUGAAGAGGAAGCAGGACGAGGAGGAGAGGAAGAGGAGGGAGGAGGAGGAGAGGAGGCUGCAGGUGGAGAUGGAGCAGCAGCUGCAGGCGGAGCGUGAGGAGGAGGCGUCCCGGCAGACGGUCCUGGAGCAGGAGAGGAGGGACCGGGAGCUGGCGCUGAGGAUCGCUCAGAGCGAGUCGGAGCUCAUCCCCGACGACGUGCAGAACGACGGCCUGCGCAGUAACGGCUCCUCAGUUCCAUCGUCCCCAGAGCGAGCAGCCUCUGUUGGAACCGCAGCACUCAAGGGUUUGACCAUGGAAGAAAUGGCGAAGGAAAUGACAGAACUUCUGGCUCGAGGUCCACAGGUUCAGGCCUCCAAGGCUGCAGCCGGAGCCAAGAAGUACGAGCUGAGCAAGUGGAAGUACGCCGAGCUGAGAGACGCCAUUAAUACCUCAUGUGACAUCGAGCUGCUGGCGGCCUGCAGGGAGGAGUUCCACCGCCGGCUGAAGGUUUAUCACGCCUGGAAGUCAAAGAACAAGAAGAGGAACACGGAGACGGAGCAGCGGGCGCCAAAGUCCGUCACCGACUACGAUCAUGUCCCUGCUGUGAGGAAAGCAUCCCAGCAGAACCCGGCCCCGCCCAUCCCGGCCCGGCAGUACGAGGUGGCGAUGAACCGGCAGCAGAGAUACUUCCGCAUCCCGUUCAUCCGACCGGGGGACCAGUACAAAGACCCCCAGAACAAGAAGAAGGGCUGGUGGUACGCCCACUUCGACGGGCCCUGGAUCGCCCGGCAGAUGGAGCUGCACCCCGACAAACACCCCAUCGUCCUGGUGGCAGGUAAAGACGACAUGGAGAUGUGCGAGCUGAGCCUGGAGGAGACGGGCCUGUCAAGGAAGAGAGGCGCCGAGAUCCUGCCCCGCCAGUUCGAGGAGAUCUGGGAGCGCUGCGGCGGCGUCCAGUACCUCCGCAGCGCCAUCGAGAGCCGGCAGGCGCGCCCCACCUACGCCACCGCCAUGCUGCAGAGCAUGUUCAAGUAGACGGGGCCUGCGGGGAGCCCGGGGGUCCGGUUCCAGGGGGCCUGGGGGGCUUCUCACUGCAAACAAAGGGACAAAUGCACCAGCUACCUAACCCAGAUGGCGUCUGAUCGUCCUGCAGCAGGUUCUGACUGCGAGGCAUUCAGCCACUCCUCUCCACUGUCCUUUUGUUUCUCUUCUGUUGUCGUUUUUUUUUUUUUUUGUUCGUGCUGGCUUCGUGGGCGAGGAAGGCAGGGAAGUUUUGCAUUGAACCCUAUGCAGAAAAAUCACACUAAAUUAUCACAUCUGGUUGUUUUCCAAGGGGAUUCUGUUCUCUGUAACAAGUCUAACUACGAGGCCUUAAUACUACUUUAACAGGGUGGAAAUGCCAGAAGUAGGACUUUUUGUUUUAUUUUUUGAAGCUGCCUCCCCAAACAUGAAUCCCUCUGUAAUUAUUAUGCAUUCCUGAUUAUUACACUGACGUCUCAGCGGUGUGUCGCUUCCAUCCUAACAGCCGGCUGGCGAUCCCUCUCUGUUUACAGUCUCCAUGUGGUUCUUACAGGGCGAACAACACUUGCACAAGGAGGCGUCACCGUGAGGCACAGCUGCAUGAGUGACUGCUCUCACUUCAGUCAAAUACUCGCUAAUACUUUCUUAUUUUUACCUUUUGUCUUUCCGACCGAAUGUAACUUGAGACCUCGUUGAUUUGUCCAUGUAGUGAUUCCUCUUUUCUUCUCACUGUGUGUGAUUUAAUGUGUAAAGCUAAUGAGAAAAAAAGGUCCAAAAACAUUUGACUUUGAGACCAAACAUCCAAACUUUAAGCCCUCUUUGGGGUUUGUUUUUUUGUUUCUUUUGUUUUUUUGGCCACACUGCAAAAAAGGUGUGUCUAAAAACAAGAUAAAAACAUUAAAUCUGAGGGAAAUGAUCUUGCUGCAUGGACAGAUAAUUUCACUUGACAAGAUUUCUUAAAAUUAGAUAUCAUUUUACAUCUUUUUUUGGUCACAAAAUGACCAAAAAAUUUACAAAAGAGACACAAAAUGAACAAAUAACAACCAAAACAACCCACAGAAUUACCAAAAAAGAUGUAAAAAUGACCCACAAAAUAUCCAUAAAAAGACACAAAAUGACCCAAAAAGUAACAAAUGAAAAAAAAAAACAAUAAUUAAAGACUUUGAAGCCCUUUCACCCAGUUCAGUACGGGGGAAUGGACCAGAAAGCAACUUUGAUUUCACAUCUUUGUCUUUUUGUUUUUUGGUGAUUU